AUGAAUUAUAUCCUUUUCAUUGCUCUCAUUUUUGUGUUGAGUUUCCAUGUUCAUUUUACUCAAGGAAGUGAACUGUCCCUUACCAGUUCAAAAAUAUACAUUGUCCAUGUGAAUGAACCACAUGGUAAGAUAUUUACUCAAUCAGAACAAGACUUACAAAGUUGGCAUCAUUCAUUCAUGCCACCAACUGUUAUGAGCUCUAAUGAACAACCCCGAAUGAUAUAUUCAUACCGAAAUGUGCUGAGUGGCUUUGCUGCAAGACUCACUCAAGAAGAGUUGAGAAAUGUGGAACAGAAAAACGGCUUUAUUUCAGCUCAUCCCCAAAGGACACUACGUCGUCAAACCACGCAUACUCCAGAUUUCUUGGGGUUGCAGCAAAAUAUCGGAUUAUGGAAGGAUUCAAAUUUUGGUAAGGGAGUUAUUGUUGGUGUUCUGGAUUCAGGAAUCACACCUGGUCAUCCUUCAUUUAGUGAUGCAGGAAUAUCACCGCCCCCAGCGAAAUGGAAAGGGAGAUGCGAACUCAACGGCACAGCUUGUAACAACAAGCUAAUUGGAGCAAGGUCCUUCAACAAUGCAGCUAUGGCAAUGAAAGGAGAGAAAGCUGAAGCACCAAUUGAUGAAGAUGGACAUGGUACUCACACGGCAAGUACAGCGGCGGGUGCUUUUGUGGACAAUGCAGAAGUACUAGGAAAUGCCAAAGGCACAGCAGCAGGGAUGGCUCCUCACGCUCACCUAGCAAUUUACAAAGUGUGCUUUGGAGAAGACUGUCCCGAGAGUGAUAUACUAGCAGCAUUAGACGCGGCUGUGGAGGAUGGUGUGGAUGUAAUAUCCAUAUCGCUUGGUCUAAAUGAACCUCCUCCAUUUUUCAACGAUAGCACUGCCAUAGGCGCUUUUGCAGCAAUUCAGAAGGGAAUCUUUGUAAGUUGUUCAGCAGGAAACUUUGGCCCUUCUGAUGCCUCCUUGGUUAAUGGAGCUCCAUGGAUCCUCACAGUUGGAGCAAGCACUAUUGACAGAAGUAUUGUAGCAACAACAGUGCUUGGAAAUGGAGAAGAAUUCGAGGGCGAAUCUGUUUUCCAGCCUUCCGAUUUCUCUCCAACAUUGCUGCCCUUAGCAUAUGCUGGAAUAAAUGGAAAACAAGAAUCUGCACUUUGUGGUAAUGGAUCCUUGAAUGACAUUGAUUUCAGAGGAAAGGUUGUUUUGUGUGAGAGGGGAGGGGGUAUAGGAAGAAUUGCCAAAGGACAGGAAGUAAAAAGAGUAGGAGGGGCCGCCAUGAUUCUCAUGAAUGAUGAAAUCAAUGGCUUUAGUCUCUCAGCUGAUGUACAUCUCCUACCAGCAACACAUGUCAGCUAUGCUGCUGGACUAAAGAUCAAAGCAUAUAUAAAUUCAACUUCAACACCUACAGCAACCAUUUCGUUUAAGGGAACAAUUAUCGGAAACUCAUUAUCGCCAGCCGUUGCAUCCUUUUCUUCAAGAGGCCCCAACUUGCCCAGUCCUGGUAUAUUGAAACCAGAUAUUAUCGGACCGGGAGUGAACAUCCUAGCCGCCUGGCCAUUUCCCUUGAAUAACAGCACCAAUUCCAACCUCAAUUUCAACAUUAUGUCCGGAACAUCAAUGUCAUGCCCACAUCUUAGUGGCAUUGCUGCUUUGCUCAAAAGCUCUCAUCCUGAUUGGUCACCAGCUGCCAUAAAAUCUGCCAUAAUGACUUCUGCAGACACGUCGAACUUAGAAAACAAACCUAUUGUCGACGAAACACUUCAGCCAGCAAAUUUCUUUGCCACAGGUUCGGGGCACGUGAAUCCGUCGAGAGCAGAUGAUCCAGGGUUAGUAUAUGAUAUCCAACCUGAUGAUUAUAUACCUUAUCUGUGUGGUUUAGGAUACAGUGAUAGGCAAGUCGGAAUCAUUGCACACAGAACAGUUAACUGCACUGAAACAUCAAGCAUUCCUGAAGGAGAGCUUAACUACCCCUCAUUUUCUGUUGUGCUUGGCUCCUCACAGACACUCACAAGGACAGUGACAAAUGUCGGCGAGGCUGACUCAUCUUAUGUAGCUGUAGUAACAGCGCCAAAAGGGGUUGAUGUAAAAGUCCAGCCAGAAAAGCUUUACUUUUCAGAAGCCAACCAGAAAGAAACAUAUUCAGUGACAUUCAACCGUUUAGAAAAUGGCAAUAAGACAGGAGAAAUUGCUCAAGGAUCUCUGAAAUGGGUCUCUGCUAAACACACUGUCACAAGCCCUAUCUUGGCCAAAUUUGCGUAG